AUGACUUCAAAAAUUUUUGUUGCCGUCUUCGCCAUUUUCAUCGAGAUAAUCACCGGCCAAAGUAUUGGAAAAUUCAAUGCUGGCUUAUAUGGCAAUAGAGGCAUGAACCCAAUAGUUGAUACAUGUCCCUCUUAUAGCCCGAUGCCAAACUUGCCAUAUGGAGCUUGUAGCCCUUCUAGUCCAAUGGCAUAUGAUGCUCAAGGCUUGUGCUUGGGAACUCUAGCAGCUUCAAGAUCAGGAGGGCUUUCAGUGACUAGUUCAUCUCCGAUUAGUCCAAACGGAGUUUUCCUCCAAUCAGAAAACAUGGUCAUCGAAGGUCCUCUGGCGGUGAAUGGCCAACUGCCUUUCUUAGGCACUAUAGCUGUAGAAGGUUCUUUACCGGCUCUUGGAAAUGGUGAUGUAAUGUAUGAAUGUGGUAAUGGCAAUGUUGGUAUUCUGAACGAGGAAUACCCUUCAGUUGCCCCAACUGCUUACAACUCCGUAGGAAGUAACUUAGGCCCUGGCAUGGCGGGACCGUUUGGCUAUACCGGUCUCUCUGGUUUUGGUCGUGUAUUG